AAAACAGAGAGGGGGUUGUGGGCAUCUUCUGUAUACUGACCCUGCAAAAGAAGGGCUUCCACCUGUAACUGAUGAAGAGAGGUUUUAAAAUUGGAGGUGUCUAGUGCCGGGGAGGACGGUGGUAACAUCCUGCAUGAACACCAGGGUGUGACAGUUCUUCAAGUAUCCCAUGGUGCUCUCCUCUGUGAUCUUUGCUGUGCAGCUCCCAUUUGAGCCUCUCUACCAACUGCCAUCAGAACAUGGGGGAAAAUGAAGAUGAGAAGCAGAGCCAGGCUGGCCAGCUUUUUGAGAACUUUGUCCAAGCCUCCACGUGUAAAGGUACACUACAGGCCUUCAACAUCCUCAUCCGGCACCUGCAGCUCGACCCCUCGGAUCACAGGAACUUCUAUUCCAAGCUGAAGUCCAAAGUGACCACCUGGAAGGCCAAGGCCCUUUGGAACAAACUAGACAAGCGAGGAACCCACAAAGAGUACAAACGAGGAAGGUCCUGCAUGAACACCCGGUGUCUGGUGGUUGGAGGAGGACCCUGCGGCUUGCGUACUGCCAUUGAACUUGCCUAUCUGGGAGCCAAAGUGGUCGUGGUGGAGAAGAGAGAUACUUUCUCCAGGAACAAUGUGUUGCACCUUUGGCCCUUCACCAUUCAUGACCUGCGGGGCCUCGGUGCCAAAAAGUUCUAUGGGAAGUUCUGUGCGGGCUCCAUCGACCACAUCAGUAUUCGACAGCUUCAGCUCAUCUUGUUUAAGGUGGCCCUGAUGUUGGGAGUGGAAAUCCAUGUGAACGUUGAGUUUGUGAAGGUCCUCGAGCCUCCUGAAGAUCAGGAAAACCAAAAAAUAGGCUGGCGUGCAGAAAUUCUACCUGCAGAUCACCCACUAUCUGACUUUGAGUUUGAUGUCAUCAUUGGUGCUGAUGGCCGCAGGAAUACUCUAGAAGGUUUCAGAAGGAAAGAAUUCCGUGGGAAGUUGGCUAUUGCAAUCACUGCCAACUUCAUCAACAGAAACACCACGGCUGAGGCCAAGGUAGAAGAGAUCAGUGGGGUGGCUUUCAUCUUCAAUCAGAAGUUCUUUCAGGAUCUUAAAGAAGAAACAGGGAUCGACCUGGAGAACAUCGUCUACUACAAGGACAGUACUCACUACUUUGUGAUGACAGCAAAGAAACAGAGCCUUCUGGACAAGGGGGUCAUUGUGAAUGAUUAUGUUGACACGGAGCUCCUGCUUGGCCCGGAGAAUGUAAACCAAGACUGCCUGCUCUCCUAUGCAAGGGAAGCAGCUGACUUUGCUACCAAUUACCAGCUGCCUUCCCUGGACUUUGCCAUGAAUCACUAUGGCCAGCCUGAUGUGGCGAUGUUCGACUUCACCUCCAUGUAUGCCUCUGAGAAUGCUGCCCUAGUCCGGGAGAGACAAUCCCAUCAGCUUCUUGUAGCCUUGGUGGGAGACAGCUUAUUAGAGCCUUUUUGGCCCAUGGGGACAGGUUGUGCUCGAGGUUUCCUGGCAGCCUUUGAUACAGCAUGGAUGGUGAAGAGUUGGGACCAGGGAAUCCCGCCCCUUGAGAUCCUGGCUGAGCGGGAGAGUCUUUAUCGACUGUUGCCUCAGACGACUCCAGAAAACAUCAGUAAGAACUUUGAGCAGUAUACCCUCGACCCUGGCACUCGGUACCCAAACCUCAACUCAAACUGUGUCCGGCCCCAUCAGGUAAAGCAUUUGUACAUAACCACGGAGCUGCACCAUUUGCCUCUUGAGAGAUUGGGCUCCAUAAGAAGAUCAAUCAGUCUCUCCCGGCGGGAAUCCGACAUCCGACCCAACAAGCUUUUAACCUGGUGUCAGAAGCAGACUGAAGGCUACCAACAUGUCAACAUCACGGAUCUGACCACCUCCUGGAGAAGUGGUCUUGCCUUAUGUGCACUCAUUCAUCGCUUCAGACCAGAACUCAUCAACUUUGACUCUUUGAAUGAAGAAGAUGCCAUUGAGAACAACCAGCUGGCAUUUGACAUUGCAGAGAGGGAGUUUGGAAUCCCCCCCAUGACCACAGGAAAAGAGAUGGCAUCAGCCCAGGAGCCAGAUAAGCUCAGUCUGGUCAUGUACCUCUCGAAAUUCUAUGAGCUGUUUCGAGGGACACCCCUCAGAGCUGUUGAUUCUUUGGGUAAAAACUAUGGAGAAAAUGGUGACUUUAGUUUAGCCAAAUCAUCUAUUUUUAAUAACUAUCUCAACCUAACAUUUCCCAGGAAGCGGACACCACGGGUGGAGAACCACACGGAAGAAAAUGACAUGUAUAAGCGAAGACGGAAAGGCAUAGAUAAUUUGGAAGAGUCAUCAAGCUUUUCUAGCCGAAGCGCGGGUUCAUUUCGAGACUACGGCAUUGGGAAAGAAGGCAUGAAUCAAAAUAAAGUGAAGUCCAUGGCCAAUCAACUGCUGGCUAAGUUUGAAGAGAAUACUCGGAAUCCUUCCCUUCUGAGACAGGCACAAGGUCCUUCUGGCCUAGGUAAGCCAGUCCUCCACUCUCCUGCUGGCCCUCCUGUUAACCCUCGCUUUGCUAAGCCAGAGGACCCUCCACCCAGCCCGUCACCUCCUCUCAAAAGGCAGUUUCAGACACUAGCUAUGACUGAGCAGGUGCUCCGGGAGUCAAAGGUGGCUUCUCCUGCUAGCGACGGCCUGACCAGGCUUUUGAGAGCUCGAGCCAAGUCGGACCUGCAGCCCUUCCACUCAGGAAGCCUGGCUCCUUUGCCAUCCGCCUCUCCUGGGGCAUUUGCUCUCAUUGGGACGCUGAGGCGCCUGCAGCACGUGGAGGAAAAGAUUCACCAGAAGAGGGCUCAAAACUUAGCCAACAGGGAGUUUCACAAAAAGAAUAUUAAAGAGAAAGCUGCUCACCUUGCCUCCAUGUUUGCAAGUGAGGACUUCCCCCAGAAUAAACUACUCACCAAAGGCCUUUCUCACUCCCACCCUCUCCCUUCCUCUUGUCUUCCUUCUCGUGACUCAGCUGAUGCUUCCUUUUCUUCAUCUGUUGACUCGGCUUCCUCUGACAGAAAGUCCUUUGUGCCAGGAGCUACUGGAAAGCCUAGGCCUCCUCCAAAGGUGGAAUCUAAGCAAAAGUUAUUUCAGCCAGACCCGAGCCAGAUGACAGUAGGGAAAGUGUCUCAAGGAAUAGUGGCAGUGGCUGAAGUUCUGGUCAAUCUGUAUAUGAAUGAUCACAGACCCAAGCCCCAGGCUGCGUCUCCAGAGCGGAGGACAGUAAUGGACCAAGCAUCUCUCCCACCCAAUUCAUCUGCUUCUUCAACUGAGGCCCCUCCUGGCUGGAAUCACCAGGGAUCUUUGAGAAAAGAAUUCCCCCAGAACCUGGGAGGAAGCGACAUCUGCUAUUUCUGUAAGAGGCGUGUGUAUGUGAUGGAGCGCCUGAGCGCCGAGGGCCACUUCUUUCACAGGGAAUGCUUCAGAUGUGAGAUCUGCUCCACCACGCUUCGCCUGGCUGUCUAUGCCUUUGAUGCGGAUGAAGGUAAAUUUUACUGCAAAGCUCAUUUCAUUCACUGUAGAACCAACAGUAAGCAAAGGAAGAGACGAGCAGAAUUGAAGAGACAGGAAGAGGAGGAAGCCAAGGAGAAACAGCAGGAAGCCAAGUGGCCAGACCCUUCCCCUGAAAUUCUUGGUCCUGCUGUCACCAGCCGAGAAGCCAGCCCGCCAGUUCUUUACAACAUUCCAGUGUUACCACCUAUCCUUGGCUGACACCUUUCUGCUCUGAGGUGACUGGUCUUCCUGCCAAUUGUGAGCACCCACUAUUAACCCCAAAUAUGCUUCAAGGGCAGCUUUAUCCUUCCUUCUUCCCCCCAACAGCAUUGAUUGGAACAGACUAGAGCGCCUACUAUUGGAAUGAAUGAAUGGAUGCUUGGGUGUGGCCAAUUAAUAGCAUGGUACAGGGUGGGAUUCAAUACCAGUGGCUUGUUAUGCUUCCCCAGCCCCCCUGGCAUUGCAUGUCAAUGUUUUUGCAUGCUCUCCUAAUCCAGCCAACCAUGUUGUAAUACCACAACCAACCUACCUUCCUUGAAGGUACUAACCCUGCCUGUGUGAGACAGGGCCAGUAGAGAGAUCUCCACCGUUGUUUAGAAAGGCCUAGCUUUUUGAGAAGCCUCUAUACAACGGUGAUUGCAGUCCCAUCUUAGCCGUCUUCCUAAGCCACAGACGGGGCCUUGGGGAUCUUGCGUACUUCCUUCAUGGACACAAGGCUUUGUCAUGGAUGGAGCUUUUCCACUAUAGCUAAGAAAAACUAAGAUGGCCCAGGAAGCUUAGUCCAGAGCAACAGGCCUCAAAGGCCAAUGGAAUGCUGUUAAGGACACGGUCAGGCCACAUCUGGCAGCAGCUGGGCUAAUAAGCCUGGAACCUCCUCAAGGUCCUUACAAAAGGCCAUUUCCCUGCCAAUGUAUUCAUUUGUGGCGGCAGAGCAACAAUGUGAACGUGCUCUUUUUGAAACGAAUUGAGCUGCUCUCUUAAAGGCAGAGAGCCAGGCCUUCCUCAACCCUGCUUUGUGUGAAUACCUGUCCCCGCCUGUCCUUACUAGGAAAUACAUCACUGCUUCCAAGGUCCUUUGAGGACAUGCAUGUUAGCCCUGGAUGGGCUUUUGGCCUGGUUCCACCUUUUCAAACUGUCAGCUGGUGCUACCUUCCUCUCAUUUAUCUUCCGUUGCAGAGUCCUCUUCUCUCUAAAGAAUGCCAACCAAAGAUUCUGUCCUCCUCAUCUGCAACCUUUCUAGCUUCCCAACCCUCCUGUGACAUAUUUUAUGACCUUUGGUGACUUUGAGACAUGUUCUGUAAUUAACUGUUCACACAGAACCCUGUAUUUUGCACACCCUGAACGUUGUUUAGUUUUAUUUAUGGUAUUUGAUGCUGUAAAUGAAAAUAAAUGUGUUUCUUUGUAAA